GCUUGGACUUCCUUCUCUGCUCCACCAUUUCUGCCUCCCUUUUGAUUUUUGAGGGGUCUGGGGUAAAGACUGGAAGGGAGUAACUGUGUCAGGAGCAGUAGGCAAAGGGGUGGUAGCUCCAUGGGGAAGGACUGAGAGAACUGACCUGAUGCCAUGGGCUCAUUCCUUCCUAUUUUGGCUCAUUUGUAAGUCCUGUUGACUAGGAGAGCUAAGAUGGGUUGUGUUAACGUGGAAUGAAGGAGAGCUAAGAUGAGUUUUUUGGACCCUUUGUUUCAGGCUGAAUAAAUUUAUCCAAGGUAUGAGAAUCUGCUGCUGGCUUAUUAAUUCAUAAUGAGCUGUGGUGUAAAAGCUACAGACAUUUUCACUGGUUUUCAAAAGCAUGCUUAAAAAAGUUGCAAGUGGCCGACUUGGAAGGCAAAUAAUGCAAUUCCAAAUCUAUAGCAGUUGAGUGAUUUCUUAUACUCAAAGUAGCCUGCCCUGCUCCACAAAGCAUAUCUUCAGUGGUUCUUCCUAUUUAAAGAAUGUUUGUUCUAGAUGAUGAUUUGCAUUACAGCAGCACUUAGUCUGAUCCUGGCUGCGUUCCCUGCCAUCGCAUUAAGCUCUACAACCACUUAUUGCGAGACGGUGCCCUCCCUCGUAUUUAAGCACCUGCCUCCCGCAGAAGCGCGUAUUCGGAUAUCGCUGGCGAAGCACGCAGCGGGGCUGCAGGAGGAACGGAGGCUGCAAAGUGAGUUGGUGAAGGCUGCGCAGAAAGUCAGUGGCAGAGCAGGAGGCAGACUCCGUUUUCCAGCGUGCUGGAAAGCACUGACCCUGGCUUCGCAGUCGCUCUUUCACUUUUUUUCCAUUUGAACUAAAUUCCCGAGCUUGAUGAUUUAUUGAUAACACGCAGAACUGUGGUGUCCGGAGCCGCAGUGACCAGAUCUGUGAUAAGAGGAGGGGGAGGUGGUGGCCCUGACCCUUUUCUCCCUUCUCAAGUUGCGGCUUUCUCCGGAAGAUGCUGCGAACUCUGGCCGGGCUGCGGGCUGAGGAAACGUCUCCUUCCUCCUCCUCCUCCUAUCUCUGCCGGACCGCGGCGGGGCUCAGCUGAGGUCCGGGCUGCUCUGCAGCUCCACGCCCGAGCCCAGCUGGGAGGGCAGCUCCAUCUCAGAGCAGCGCAAUCUUCCCGACAGCACGCCGGCCGCCCGGUGCGGAGAGGCACGGUCCCCAAAGUGAAGAGAACGUUCUGAAAUGCAGAAAGGCUUAUCUGCAGCCGCAAAUGGGAAUCUGGAAUAACUAUGAAAAACACACUGAAAUAAUUGUGUUUGACUGGAACAAAAUUCUUGCAAAGUCCCCAAGGAUGAGAUUCUGUGCCAAAUCAAUGCUUCUAUCUGACUGGCUUUUUCUGGUCUAUGUGUUAAUGGUCUGCUGUAAAUUGUUGUCCGCCUCUAGCCACCAUCCCCGGGGACACACAGGCCAGCACCAAGUCAAGCAAGGGACAUGUGAGGUUGUGGCAGUGCAUCGUUGCUGCAAUAAGAACCGGAUUGAGGAACGAUCGCAAACAGUCAAGUGCUCCUGCUUCCCGGGGCAGGUGGCUGGGACAACGCGGGCUCAGCCCUCGUGUGUGGAAGCUUCUAUUGUCCUGCAGAAGUGGUGGUGUCAUAUGAACCCCUGUUUGGAUGGAGAGGACUGUAAGGUGCUACCAGACUACUCAGGGUGGUCUUGCAGCAGUGGAAAUAAAGUCAAAACCACAAAGGUAACACGGUAGCAAAGAAUAAACCUGUGGGUCCUACUGGAACAAUGGUGUGUGCAACUGCAUUGCUUGGCUGUUAGACAGAGACCCUAUUUUGUGAGGGUGCUACUGACUUCAUUCUUUGAACUUGCAAAAUGACUUAGUGAAAAGAACAACUCUUCUUUCAACCGUGGCUGCAGUUCGUGAUGCUGGAUUUUGCUAUACAGAACAAUGAAUGUUUAAUUUAGUGAGAAAACACAAGGAGAUUUGGUUCUACCUGAAAUGCACCUUGGAUUCUCUAGCUUCUGCCACCUGACAGCAUUUUGUAGAAGCACAAACCUGAACUUCUGCAGUACAUCAAGGACAAAACUUUCUUUGUGAUGCUGAGAUAUAUAAAAUUGCUCUAAAAGAGUUUAGAUUAUGAAAUUAAUCUAGGAUACCAUAGAAAGAAAAUUCUUACGUUGGAACCAUUAUGGGUUUGUCUGAGGUACUUCUCACAGUACAGCAGAAAAAUACAAAGCGGAUCCCAGUGCUGACAUGGCAGUGUUAGUAAAUAACAUAUUAGUGUAUUUUCAGCUGUGAUUUAGUAACUAUCAAGGUUGUUAGAAAGUGAGAAGAUGGCACUUAUAAAUCAGUAAUGAUUAUAGUAUGGCAUACUUUGGUUAUAUCUUUGCAAUUGAAUUUAUUUCCUUAGGUAGUUAUAGGUACUUUAAUUUUUACAUUCACAAGUGAUGGCAGGGAAGCAUGAGGAAGAGACAAAAUUGGAAAGUAGAUAAAGCUUUUGCUGUCCUAAAAUAAAUCCAUUCUCUAGGGGAAUAGCAAAGUAUAUGUAUCCCUUGCCUCUUUGAAUCUAGAUAUGGAAACGAAUUUAGCCAUUAGCUAGAAAUAUGCAUUCAGAUGCCUCAAAAAAAAAAAAAAGAUAGAAAAAAGAAAAAAAGUGAGCAUGCUUGUACUGCAUAAGGAGGGCUUACUGGAAGGAGGGUAAUUUGUUCGGAUUUUCAUAGCUUUGGUUAUAUCCUACUAGGUAACAUGCUUAAAAUUCAUGAGCAAAAAUUCUAGAUAAAAGUGAAUCUUCGCUUCCAAUUAGUUCUUGUUUAGACUGAUUAUUAUAAUUAAAUGUCCAGUUCUUUGACAGACUGAAUUUCCAAGUGAUUACAUUUUGUGACACAUAAUUGUUCCAUAUUAUUGUAGAUGCAUUUCAUACUGUUUUUCUUAUUUGCCUGUUGCAGUUUUUUGUCAUCAGUCUUCAUAAAUAGAACAGUAAGUAGAAGUGAAGCUGUAGCCAGGCUGAUCCCCAGUAUAUCAUUUUGGACUUAGGAUGCAUUACAACUGACUGAAAUGCAAUGAUGCAGAUGGAUAUCUUGCAGAUGAACUGCCGCUGACCCAGCUACUGAACUCAUUGUUAUGCUUUAUGUAAAUAUCAGGGGAACAAUGUAAAUCUAAUUUUUAUAUAGCUAGAAAAGAAAAAAAAAAGAAAAAGAAAAAAAAAUAUGUUGUAUUAAUUUAGAUCAUUGUGCAUACGCUUUCAGCUUUGUGGGGAAGAUACCAUCAGCUGUGUGAAGCUGUUCAGAAUAAUGAUGUUUAGCUUUUCUAGCUUUUGAUUUGCUGGAGUGAUUUGCUGGAGUGAGUGCAAGCUCUCAGCCAGAGAAUUCCACAGAAGUUAGUGGGGGAAGGUCUGGCCCUGUGUUCUUUUUCUUCUGAUUUCUCUGGUUUAGCCCACUUUUGAUUAUGCAUUUGAUGACAGCUGGGAUCAUGGUGGUCACUGUACUUGGUGAUAAGUAAAAAAGAAAUGUUCUGCUCUAUCCUCGGACAGCUAAACAGUGAUUCUACCUAGCAGACUCUGCUUUCCCUAAUGAGUUCUGCAUUACUGGUAUUUUUCCAUUGUUUCUAUUUCCCAAUUAAGUUUUAAUAUUGCCUUUUCUCUUUCUAUUUUUUCUGUAUCUGACUAUUCAAGAAUAUCAUCCGUGAAAGUUGUUUUUUGUUUCCUGUUUGUACAAUGUUGGCCCCAAAUUGUUAUUUAUUUAUUUUGCUAAUUUCUGUAUAUAAAAGCUUAGUAAAAACCAUUGCUGAGGUGUUCUGAUCUAUGCGGAUAAAUGAGAAUUUCAGAGAAAAGUUACUAUUUUUCUCUUUCUGAAUGUAAAUACAAAGAAAAAUUAUUUACCAGUGUUCAUAUGCUAGAUUUGUGGCAGAGCUGAGAAUUGACCCAAACCUUAUUACAUCUGAUUAAGCUUUUCUUGUGGGGAACAUAAAAGAGGUACGUGACGUGCCUUACAACACCCACCUGGAAGGGGCAUUCUGUGCCCCUGGGGAAAGGGAAAACUAGAGCAUAAGUUUGAUUGCAUGGGAUUAUGAAAUGCAGCCCACAUGAAUGACUUCCUUCUUAGAUCCUCCGCUGAUGACAAAGAUUUUGUAUUUCUAAAGAAUCUUCGUUCCAGAGGAUCUUGGGAUGAUUUACAGCCUUUUCUGACUUGCUGCACAAAUGCUGUAAUAGAUACCUGUCUCUUUUUAGAGGAUUGCUGUUUCUUCUAAUGCUGUUGUCUGGCAUCUGACACCAGUAUGGCCCUUCUGCUGAAUGAUUGCAAAAUUAAAGCCUUUGCCAGAGGCUCUGUUAGUAGAAUAGAUUAGCAUUCCA